UAUAUCACAUAAGCAUCUGGGAGGUUGGUUCUCGAGAAAGGAUGGUACAUAAACCCUUCAAGGUUUGGGAUUUAUCUGCUUGCUCAAUGCCUUUCUAGGUAAAGUUCCUUUUCCAAUUUUGUGUUCAUUGAUGCAUGUAAGUGAUGAAUUUUCAAUGGUUGUGAUUCAAGCAAACAAUUUGUUAGAUCAGCCAGGUUGAAUCAGGACCGUUGAGUUCGAUGAAUUUAGGUCCGUACGGAACGUUCAUCGGCGUCUAUGAGGGACAUGGUGGACCGGAGACGUCAAGAUUCGUUAACGAGAAUCUGUUUGCUAAUCUCAAGAGAUUUGCGUCUGAGGAUCAAGAUAUGUCUGCGAAUGUUAUCAAGAUAUGAGUUUCUUUCGGUUGUAAGAGAACAAUGGCGGAUAUGCCGGCAAAUAGCGUCUGUGGGGACGUGCUGUUUGGUAGGUGUUAUUUGUAAAGGGUUGAUUUACAUUGCGAAUGCUGGAGAUUUGAGAGUGGUGUUAGGGAGAGCUGAUCGAGAAUGCAGGCGGUGAACGGUUAAAAAGCCAGAAGUCGAAGGUUACCGAAAUUCAAAAUGUAAGUACAAUACAUUACUCGAAAGGUUGAUGUUGUUCAAGGUCAGCAACAGUUUAUAUUUACAUAAUUCUUUAUGUCAGUUCAGUUUACGAUCUGUUUAUCGUAUUUUCAGGUGCUGAUUUGGCAAAUUUGGUAAACAUGUCGGCUCUCAAGGUGGCAAUGGACGGUGCAAAAUCGGUAAACAUGGCUGAUUUAGGAUUAUAGCGACUCAUAGCGAGAAUAGUGACAAUUAAUUUCUUUUGAUAUAAAUAGCAAGUAAAUA